GGAAACCUCUCCACUUUAUGUGAAGGACCCAUGGAGCAGACUGCGGGGGUGCGUGUGGGGGACCCCGUUCUGCGCACGGGGAAGCCGCUGUCGGUGGAGCUGGGUCCCGGGAUCCUGGGCUCCAUCUUCGACGGGAUCCAGCGCCCGCUGCGGGACAUCGCCCUCCUCACCCACAGCAUCUACAUCCCACGGGGCACCAACGUCCCCGCGCUGCCCCGGCACCUCACCUGGGACUUCACCCCCAGCAAGGACCUCCGGGUGGGGAGCCACGUCACCGGGGGGGACAUCUUCGGGACGGUGAUGGAGAACUCCCUCAUCCAGCACAAGAUCAUGGUGCCGCCGCGCAGCCGGGGCACCGUCACCUACAUCGCACCCCCCGGGCACUACAGCGUCUCGGUGCGGGUGACGGGGUGGGCGGGGUGUGUGCAGGGGGGCACCACGGCCAUCCCGGGGGCCUUCGGCUGCGGCAAAACCGUCAUCUCCCAGUCCCUCUCCAAGUACUCCAACAGCGACGUCAUCGUCUACGUGGGCUGCGGAGAGAGGGGCAACGAGAUGUCUGAGGUCCUGAGGGACUUCCCCGAGCUCACCAUGGAGGUGGACGGGAGGACGGAGACCAUCAUGAAGCGCACGACGCUGGUGGCCAACACCUCUAACAUGCCGGUGGCCGCCCGCGAGGCCUCCAUCUACACCGGCAUCACGCUGGCUGAGUACUUCCGCGACAUGGGCUACCACGUCAGCAUGAUGGCCGACUCCACCUCCCGCUGGGCCGAGGCGCUGCGCGAGAUCUCGGGGCGCCUGGCCGAGAUGCCGGCAGACAGCGGGUACCCGGCCUACCUGGGGGCCCGCCUGGCCUCCUUCUACGAGCGCGCGGGGCGAGCGCGGUGCCUGGGGUCCCCCCGGCGCGAGGGCAGCGUCAGCAUCGUCGGCGCCGUGUCCCCACCAGGAGGGGACUUCUCGGACCCCGUCACUUCGGCCACGCUGGGCAUCGUGCAGGUCUUCUGGGGCCUGGACAAGAAGCUGGCGCAGCGCAAGCACUUCCCCUCGGUGAACUGGCUCAUCAGCUACAGCCGGUACCUGCGGGCGCUGGAGCCCCACUACGAGGGGCUGCACCCCGAGUUCCCCGCCCUGCGGCGCCGCGCCAGGGAGAUCCUGCAGGAGGAGGAGGAGCUGGCGGAGAUCGUCCAGCUGGUCGGAAAGGUCUUCUGGGGCCUGGACAAGAAGCUGGCGCAGCGCAAGCACUUCCCCUCGGUGAACUGGCUCAUCAGCUACAGCCGGUACCUGCGGGCGCUGGAGCCCCACUACGAGGGGCUGCACCCCGAGUUCCCCGCCCUGCGGCGCCGCGCCAGGGAGAUCCUGCAGGAGGAGGAGGAGCUGGCGGAGAUCGUCCAGCUGGUCGGAAAG